CUCAGAAAAUUACAAACUUCAUAAAAUAAUGAUUGACCCACACGCCCAAUUUGCCAACUUUUCCCCAAUUGGCCCCCUCUCACGAAAAUUCUAUAAAUCACUAUCUUCAUUGUCUAUUUAAAGGAGUGGACACACACAGUUUUAGCAUAGCUUCCCAUAUCAUUAUCCACACACACCAUACAAAUUACAAAAAAUAAAUUGUAUUUUUAGCUCUUUGAUGAUCUAAUCUGAAAAAUAUCUCAUCUUUACCUGUUUUAUAGACUAAAUACAGAUUAAUUCCAACUGGGUUUUGUUCCUUUUUUUCCCUAUCUCCAUAACGGCCCUAAUUUGCAGUUCUCUCUCUCUCUCUCUCUCUAUAUAUAUAUAUCUCCUUCUUGAUUUGGAGGGUUUUCUUCUUUAGGAAGAACAGAGAAAAGUGUGUCUUUUAAUUUUCUUUUGGAGUUUGUACGAUAUGGCAAUGACGAAGACCUUAUCUAUGAUUUCAAGAACAGGAAGAGACCUGCAGAGAUACAAUGAUGGAUGUCGUCAAGUUGUUGGAUGCAUUCCGUACAGAUAUAGAAAAACAAAUCAAUCGUCUACAGUUCUAGGGACCCAAAUCGAUGAUUUGGAAUUCUUAUUGAUCAGCUCACAGAAGAGUCCAAAGUGGAUGUUUCCUAAGGGUGGUUGGGAAACUGAUGAGGCAUUAGAAGAUGCUGCUUUAAGAGAGACUUUUGAGGAAUCUGGUGUAAUUGGUGAUGUUGAGGUUCAGGAGUAUUUAGGUACUUGGAGUUUUAAGAGCAAAAGCCAAGGAACAUUUCAUGAGGGGCAUAUGUUUCCUUUGCUUGUCACAGAAGAACUAGAUGAUUGGCCUGAGAAAACUGUCCGAAAACGUCUAUGGUUGAAAUUUAGUGAAGCAAGGGAAGUAUGUUGGCAUUCCUGGAUGAAGGAGGCUUUAGAUGUCUUUGCUUCUAAGCUCACAAAAAGAAAUAAAGAUGACGAGCCUCAGACAUGCCCUUUCGAUGAAUUGUCCUAUGAACAGACAGUUGUUGCUGUAUCUAAUUUUAACACAAUGUUUUAUGAAGAACCAAUAAUCAGCAUUGAAGCUAAUGACUUGACCUGUGAGGAGGAGCUGAGAAUUAGCCUUGUAGCUAAGCCUUCUCUAGGUAAGCUCAUGUUCAAUGAAGAAGCAAGGCGAAAGCCGUUUUUCAAUGAAAUUAGUAAUGUAGCAAACUCAAUGUUCAGUGAAGAAGCAAGAAUGAGCACCAAAGCCCAGAAGAUGUUCAAUGAAAAAUUGGGAAGAAUAAGCAUUGCUGCUUUCAGCUAGCAAACAAAUGAAGGAAGAAACCUCAAGACUUCUAAGAACGGAGAAUGAGGAACCAGGGACGUCUAUCCAGUAUAAUUCCCCACAAGCUGGGAGCCAAGAAUCAGCAUUAUGUAAAGGAGAAAGAUAGAACCUUGCAACGCUGUCGACAGAAAUUUUGAUGAAUCUAAUAAUGCAGGAGUUGGCAUUGUUACCCACAAUCUGCAAUGAAAGAAGAAUCAUCAUCAGCAGUAUUAUGGACCAGAGAAAAGAACCUUUCAAAUCCCUGCCUGAUAGAACUCUCUAUAUUGUCCCUUUAACUAGAUAAGAAGUUUGAGUUAACCAUGUUUUUGAUGAUCCAAUGAGAAACUAAUCCAGUUUCUCAAUGGCAUAAUACAUACAUAGGCACACAAAUUUGGCCUCAAUUGGCAAGUAAACACUUCAAAUUUGGAAGUGCACAUCUAGACACCCCAACUCGUCCUUGUCUCGUGGACAUCCAACGCUGACACGACACAUAAAUUUUGGAGGUGUCUAGAUGAUUAUUUUGUAAGUUGGAGUGUUUAACUGGCACAGUGGAGACGACUUGAGGUGUUGCAUCCUCAGUUGCCGAUUGAGGCCAAGUUUGACUGUCUGUAUGUAUUAUGCCUUUCUCAAACUCCAGAUAUAGGGAUCUUUCAGGAUAGAUAGAUUUAGAGGGUAAUUUCAAAAGUUUCUAACUUCAUUCUUUAAUUCUUUUUUGUUCUUACGCAGUCAAAAAAAAUGUACAUGAUCAUUCAGUUGUAUGUAAAGAACACCAAAAUUGAACCCAAAAUAAUUGUCUCUAGUUGUUGGCAUAACCCUGUUCAUUCAAUGAUUGAAGUAUAAAGCAAUUGAUAUGAAGUUCUUGA